AGGGCUGCAAUCAUGCAUGUGGACAGCGUCUUCCUUACGUGUCCUCUGAUUUUUGCAGCAGCCUUGUGGAGGGGGGUCCAGGCUGUGUCUCCUGUUCCCUCAGUCCCUGACCGGGUCCAAGCCCUGGCGGGCUCCUGCGUGGUGAUCCCCUGCUCCUUCACUCCUCUGGCUUCUCGUCCUCUCAGGGGGAGGAAGGAGAGGGUGGACGUGAGGCUGAGGUUCAGAGGUGGCGGCCAUUUUUUCCCUCUCCGAAGCACCGCUUUUAACAGCCAGGACAGAGAUCAAGUGAGCAGGGAUUUCCAAGGCCGGACGUCCCUUUUUGGUCGGAUCGCAGACGGAGACUGCUCGGUGAAGAUUGAAAGGAUCAGACAGGACGACCCGCAGGUGUUUGAAAUUGCUCUGAAGACAGGCGAUGACUUGCUCUGGGGGAAACCAUCGAGCUUCAGCCUGGACGUUGUUGAAACCCCCGAGGCUCCCGUCAUCAGCGGCAUGUUGUCAGCCACAGAGGGCCAGCUGGUCACCCUGAACUGCUCCGUCAGCUAUCACUGCCCCUCCAGACCUCCUGCCCUGCAGUGGAGGUGGGAGCGGGGAGCCCAGCUGAACAGCACUGAGGCCGGGGAAGUGCAGACGGUCCACCCGGAUCCCCAGCGGCUGACGUUGCUGGCCUCUGUGUCCUUCACUGUGUCGCACCAGGUGAAGCCCAGGCUCAGAUGCGAGGUCAGCUACCCAGGAGCCAAACCACUAGCCAUCUCGAAGGAUCUGCAUGUGACAUUUCCACCAAAGGAUGUGAAGAUUCAGGUCCAGACCUUGACAGUGCAUGAGGGGGGCAGUGCCUUGCUGAUGUGCUCGUGUAAAGCUGACCCCCCGGCGUCAGAGUACCGCUGGUCCUACAGUCAGCACGGCCGCACCGUGCACCUCCACCAGCGAACGCACACAGUCCGGGUGUUCAACGUGACCCGGGAUAUGAGGGUCCGCUGCUCCGCUCAAAACCUGAUUGGUCGAGGGGAGUCCCGGCCCACGCCACUAAACAUACAAUAUAAGCCGCUCAUCCUCCGGCUCUCCUCCAGCUGUGCCGUGGAGGAGCAAGAGCUGCUGUGCCGCUGUUCGGUCGACUCCAACCCCAAACCUGCCGUCACCUGGAGCGUUAACGGGACGGUUCCACCUCAAGAUUACAAUCUGUCAGUCACAUCAGAGCCCGACAUGCUAACAGCUACUCUGAGGGGCCGCAUGGACAAACCUCAGAGGGUGAUCUGCUUUGCUGUCAACGCACUGGGAAACGACUCCCUGGUUCUGCUGCAGGGAGAAGAAGAUGCAGCACCAUUGCUGUGGAUGGUUUUGCCUGCCGUGGCCGUCUGCCUGCUCGUACCUCUUCUGUCUCUUCUUGUCUACUGCUGCCGAAAGAGAGCCGGAAAACGUGUCCUGAGCAGACGUCCAGCUGUGUACCCCGGAGGACUGGGAAUUUAUCAGGACAGGAUGCCUCUCUAUAUAAACUGCACAGAAGUGACCCACAUUUACACCAACGGCAGCUACCAACUAGUCUACCAGAACUGCACGCCUCUGUUUGUCCACACAAAGCAGAUCCGUCCAAUGGGCAGAAGAGGUGGGGAGAGAAGACGAGGGGGAGAGGGGGGAGGAGUGGACAGACAGGCCGGUUUGGGAGUCAGAGGCACCAGAGAGGUGCAGGGUGCUGCUGUGGCCGAUGCAGAGACCGCCAUCUACCUGGAGAUCCUCUGAGCUCCGAGUCAAAAUUCCCGUUCGUUGUCAUACUGGUGGUUAUCCAUGUGUUCACGUAGCUUUCAGGCUGUUGUAUAUAGUGUACAUCCAUACUUGUGUUCAUUAGCAUUUCCGUCCUGUCUUUUUGAAUAGCUAGCGGUGAUCUAUCUGUUACUAAAUCUCCAUAUUGAACUGUUUCUGUCAUUGAGUGUUGGUUUGUGACUUGUAUCUUUGCUCUUUUUUUAUAUAUAUAUAAAAGGUGAAAAGAUCUGAUAAA